AUGGGUCACGAUCCGUCAUCCGGCAUGAUGCACAGACGCUCAUCUAUGUCUGUCGACCGUACUAUCCCAUCUCGCAUGACCGCGCAUGGUCCAUCACCCUACCCACGCAACCCCUCCAUAGCAUCGACGUCUACAUACGCACCGGAGCAGCCUGUGUCAGAGCCCUCCAUCAAGAAGAAACGCAAGCGGGCAGAUGCGGAGCAACUCAAGGUUCUGAAUGAAACGUACAACCGGACCGCUUUCCCCACCACCGAGGAGCGGGCCGAGUUGGCGAAGCGGCUCAGUAUGUCUGCUCGCAGCGUCCAGAUCUGGUUCCAAAAUAAGCGACAGGCGAUGCGCCAGAGCUCUCGCCAGGCAUCGACGUCCAUCCCCCCCACAACCAAUGAACCGUAUGGCGCCACGCCUCAUCAGGGAGCUGGCAUUCCCGCUACAAAUCCUUAUGGGGUACAUCCUUCCGCUUCCGCUAGCGCAGGUCCGGCCUAUGGCGGUCCCAUGCCGCAUCGCACGGCGAGCCGAUUGAUCCCGUCGCCUGCGCCAGCUGGUCGACCCCGGAGCCGCGAAGAGGAGGAAAGGGACCCUCGGCGAUUCACCGGACGCCAGUAUUGA